GUCCCUCCCCCCUCUCCCUCCUCCCGAGGUCUCCUCCUCCUGACUCUUAGGGCGCCGCUAAGUUUCUUAGCUAGGGACCGCGCCGCGAGCUGUGUUCCCGUUGCCCCGUUCUCACGUACAGAUCCCGGGCCUGGCCCUGGGUCCUUCGAGACCAUGCUGUGCGGUGGCUGGAGAAGGAGCCGCCGCUCGCCGGAGGAACCCCGGGUGUCCGCCCAGGUCGCAGCGCCCCUCGCGUUCCUGCCCUCGCCCGCGUCGUCGGACAGCAGCACCAAAAGCCCUGGACUACGGGCACUGAAGAAGAUGGGCCUGACGGAAGAUGAAGAUGUCCAAGCCAUGCUGCGGGGCUCCCGACUCCUCAAGAUCCGCUCACGCACGUGGCAUAAGGAGCGGCUGUACCGGCUGCAGGAGGACGGCCUGAGCGUGUGGUUUCAGCGGCGCAUCCCUCGCGCAGCUUCGCAGCACAUCUUCUUCGUACAGCACAUCGAGGCAGUCCGGGAGGGCCAUCAGUCGGAGGGCCUGCGGCGCUUCGGGGGCGCCUUCGCGCCUGCGCGCUGCCUCACCAUCGCCUUCAAGGGCCGCCGCAAGAACCUGGACCUGGCAGCGCCCACUGCGGAGGAGGCGCAGCGCUGGGUGCGUGGACUGGCCAAGCUGAGGGCGCGCCUGGAUGCCAUGAGCCAGCGGGAGCGGCUAGACCACUGGAUUCAUUCCUAUCUGCAUCGGGCCGACUCCGACCAAGACAGUAAGAUGAGCUUCAAGGAGAUCAAGAGCCUGUUGAGGAUGGUCAACGUGGACAUGAACGACAUGUACGCUUACCGCCUCUUCAAGGAGUGUGACCAUUCCAACAACGAGCGUCUGGAGGGGGCUGAGAUAGAGGCUUUCCUACGGAGGCUGCUGAAACGGCCCGAGCUGGAGGAGAUCUUCCGCCGGUACUCGGGUGAGGACCGGGUGCUGAGCGCCUCUGAGCUGCUGGAGUUCCUGGAAGACCAGGGCGAGGAUGGUACCACCCUGGCCUGUGCCCAGCAGCUUAUCCAGACUUAUGAGCUCAACGAGACAGCCAAGCAGCACGAGUUGAUGACGCUGGAUGGCUUCAUGAUGUAUCUGUUGUCGCCUGAGGGGGCCGCCCUCAACGUGGCCCACACGUGUGUGUUCCAGGACAUGGGUCAGCCCCUUGCCCACUACUUCAUCUCGUCCUCUCACAAUACCUACCUGACAGACUCUCAGAUCGGAGGGACCAGCAGCACCGAGGCUUAUGUUAGGGCCUUUGCCCAGGGAUGCCGCUGUGUGGAACUUGACUGCUGGGAGGGUCCAGGAGGGGAACCGGUCAUCUACCACGGCCACACACUCACCUCCAAGAUCCUCUUUCGAGAUGUGAUUCAUGCUGUGCGUGACCAUGCUUUCACGUCAUCCCCAUAUCCUGUAAUCCUAUCCCUUGAGAACCACUGCGGGCUGGAACAGCAGGCUGUCAUGGCUCGCCACCUUCGAAGCAUCCUGGGAGACAUGCUGGUGACACAGGCCCUGGACUCCCAGAACCCCGAGGAGCUGCCUUCUCCUGAGCAGCUCAAGGGCCGGGUCUUGGUGAAGGGGAAGAAGCUGCCUGCUGCUCGGAAUGAGGAUGGUCGAAUUCUGUCAGACAGGGAAGAGGAAGAGGAGGAGGAAGAGGAGGCAGAAGAGGUUUUGGAAGCUUCGGAGCAGAGGAGGCGAGCCAAGCAGAUCUCCCCGGAGCUCUCAGCGCUGGCUGUGUAUUGCUGUGCUACUCGCCUGCGGACCCUGGAGCCCAGGCCUGGCCCCUCUCAGUCUUGCAAGGUUGGCUCCCUCAGCGAGCGCAAGGCCAGGAAGUUCACCAGGGAGGCAGGGACCAGCUUUGUCAGGCACAACACUCAGCAACUGACCCGAGUGUACCCACUGGGGCUGCGGAUGAACUCGGCCAACUAUAACCCCCAGGAGAUGUGGAACUCUGGCUGUCAGCUGGUGGCGCUGAACUUUCAGACUCCUGGUUACGAGAUGGACCUCAACACAGGCCGCUUCCUCAUAAACGGGCAAUGUGGCUAUGUCCUCAAACCUGCGUACCUCAGACAACUCAAUACCACCUUUGACCCUGAGUGCCCUGGACCCCCCAGAACUACUCUGACGGUCCAGGUGUUAACAGCCCAGCAGCUGCCCAAGCUGAACGCAGAGAAGCCCAACUCCAUUGUGGAUCCUCUGGUACGUGUGGAGAUCCAUGGGGUGCCUGAAGACUGUGCCCACAAGGAGACGGACUAUGUGCUCAACAAUGGCUUCAACCCCUGCUGGGAGCAGACUCUGCAGUUCCAACUGCGGGCCCCAGAGCUGGUGCUGGUCAGGUUCGUGGUAGAAGACUAUGAUACCACCUCCCCCAAUGAUUUUGUGGGCCAGUUUACACUGCCUCUCAACAGCCUGAAGCAAGGGUACCGCCAUAUCCACCUACUGUCCAAGGAUGGAGCCUCACUGUCUCCAGCCACACUCUUUGUUCACAUCCGCAUUCAGAACUCUUGAGAGCAUCACUGGCUUACCCUAGCACCAGCAGGUGCUGGUAUCAUGGCACAGAGUCCUCUCUGGAAUAAAGGACCAUGGGAGUACCAGCCCUCCAUGCCAGGUUCCUGUCCUGGUCACCAGGUGCUGAGCACAUCUGGGUACUGAGAGCUGUUCAGUGCUGAGAGCUGUUCGGUCACUCAAUGUGAGAAAGGACCAUGACUGGUGUCCUGUCCAGUGGAUUUCAGGGGCCUCCAACCUUGGGGCCCUGAGGUGGUCUCAGAUUCCCUGGUCUUCAACUCGAGGAGCAGGACAUGUGUCUCUCUGCCCUCCAGCAGGGCCAUCGUAGCCUCCAUCCCUAAAAAGGGCACAGCAGCCACCCACCCAGACUGCCUUUCAGGGCGAGUAGAGCCCCCAGAGCCUCCUUCCCCUUAGGCUUUUCUGGCUUCUCCUUCCCUUCCUGUCUCAGGCAGGUGCCGAGCAGAUGAGCCCAGGGGAGAACCUGGCAGUAAGUUUGCAACUUGUGUCAUAGAAGAGCCCUGGAGAGGGCAGAAGAGUAACUACUUUAAAAAAUAAAGAAAAAGUGUACCUUUCCA